AUGCCGCAAACAGACAAACAAAUAUGCAUCCCUCCAGAGCUUCCAGAUUUGCUGAAGCAGUUUACAAAAGCUGCUAUUCGGACUCAGCCUCCAGAUCUGAUACAAUGGUCUUCCGACUACUUUGGUGCCAUGGCCCGUGGAGAGCUUCCUCCAGUAAGAGAGCGAACAGAAAGGGUCCCUUUAUCAAACUGGGCAGAGCUUACUCCAGAGCUCUUGAAGGUCUUACACCAGAGAGUGGGUGGAAGGUUGAUAGUCCACGUAGACGAGCUGGCCCAGAUGUGGAAAGUGCUCAACCUCCCUACAGAUUUGUUUGAGAGCGUUAUGAAUGUUGGGCGUUUUACUGAAGAAAUUGAAUGGCUCAAGUUUUUAGCUCUGGCCUGUAGUUCUCUUGGAGUUACUAUUGCAAAAACUCUGAAGAUAAUUUGCGAGGUUCUGUCCAAUGAAAAUGAUAGUGGACCUGCGCGCAUUCCUUUCAGUACUUUCCAGUUUCUCUACACUUAUAUUGCUGAAGUUGAUGGGGAGAUUUCAGCAUCUCAUGUCAGCCGAAUGUUGAAUUACAUUGAACAGGAGAUCAUUGGACCAGAUGGCUUGAUCAAAGUGACGGAUUUUACCCAGAAUCCUCGGGUCAGGCUGGAGUAAGAUCUCAGUACAUCACAGACUACUUUGUUAGCAGAACAAGCCAAAACAAA